UCUUUAUUUUUAAUACAAACCCUUAUUCUUAAAAGACGGUCAUUUUUUCCCUUCAUUUCUUUAUUUUCUUUCCUUUUUCACCUUAAACAUACUCUUUCUCUUUUAUUCAGCUCGAUCGCAAUGUCCUCUUCACCCAAGUUUUGGCAAAAGUUGGGAUUAGGAAAGCAAAACAAGUCCCUGUCGGCUUCUACCACAAAUUCAGACAAUGCUUCUAUUCGUUCUUCCAUGUCUUUUCAUAACUUUCAAGAAGACACACAUGGAAAAAAAAUGAAACGUUUCAGUAACUUAACGUUAAAGCACAGAGCGAGUUUAACUUCUUUACGCCAACCAAUUACCGAGAAUAAUAAGCAAGCGCUCCUUCUAAAAUCAAGAAAAGAUCCAGAAUUAGGUGUAUCAGAUAAUGAGAUAAACACAGACGCAGAUGACAAAAAAUCGUCUAUCCCUAUUGUUUCAUCUGAUUACAAUUUAAGAAAACUUCAGCAACAACAGCCCACUCGAAAACAAUCAUGCAUUGAUUUCAAUCAGACCAAGUUACCUUCACCUCCUCGAGUCAUGAAAAAGACGAAAAGUAACCAAUCCCUUAAAUCAACUUCUUCUGCAGGCAGUCGAGACCAAAAAACGAAAAAGACAGAGACACUCUUGAAAAGAAAAAGCUUGCCUCGUAUCGAAACAAGCAGUGAUGAUGAAUCUUGUCUUACUCGCACUUCCUCUAAUGGCAGUAUUUCUGAGAGACGUCAUAGAAAAAGUUUGGAAAAAAGAAAGAACAAGCAAGUAACUGAAGGAGGUGAAAACUUUGUUUUAGACAUGCUUCGAGAUGAACUAGAAAGAGAAAAAGCUGCUUCCCGUGCAUUACAAGGUCAAAAAGAAGCUAUUGCAAAAGAUCUAGAUUACUUUUGUAAAUUAGCAGACGAAAUCACUGAAGAAAAAGAUGACUUCAAGCGAAAAUAUGAAGAAGAAAAACAUCAACAUGAACUAUUAAGAGCAUUUAACGGGAUACAGUCAAGUGGCGCAACAACAACAAGUGAUCAAUUAAGGCAAGAAUUAGAGGACUUAAAACAACGCAUGGUCAAAGAACAGUAUGCUUAUUACAGCAAUUUACAAGACAAAGAUGAUGAAAUUAACAAUUUGAAAAACGACUUGAGACAAACACAAAGGCAACUUCAAAUCUUGAGGAAAACAAUGGAGCGUCUAUUACGUGCAGAUGGAAGAGAUGCAGAAGAAGCUUCUUUCCUGACAGAAAGUGAUGACAAUAAGUGUCUACUCUUACAAGCAAGCUAUCAUCCUAAUGCAGAUAGUCCACAAUCAUUGACAGCCACAAGUCCACCGUCACCAACACCAUGCUAUACAAUGAGUGGUACAACAGAAGAUGAUGAUGACUUAUUGUCUACUACAUCAAGAGAUUCAUAUCAUAGCAGUAGGAGUCAUCGUCUUAAACUUCAAUAUGAGUUCCUGAAAUUAGAGAAUGAAACUGAGCUUAUUGCUAAAAGAAAGUCUGAAGAUUUCUCAAAAAAGAUUGCCAUGUCACGUAGACGCAAAGAUCAGCUAGAAGAAAUGUUGGGUGAAGUAGACUCUCAACUUCAUCGUGUCAAGCAAAAGAUCAGAUCACCUACGACUACUUCUUGAUUCCUUUAUAUAAUUCCCUCUCCUCUUUACAGAUUAAAGCAUAAUUUAUAAUUA